UAUCCUUAUUUUGUUUUGUACAGACAGAAAUAUUUUCUUUAAAAGUCCACACAAUCAAAAAACAAUUUAGUGUACAUCAAAAAGUUCGUGUUUUAGGAAUUCACAGGAGUAUUCCGUACUCGACCAUCUGGAAUUCCUACGCAUCGAGCUGGCAAAUUGCCCAAGAGCAGUGCCAAAAAAGGAAGAAGAAGAAGAAAGAAAUAAUAAAGAUAAUGUUCAUGUAAACGUAAACUUAGACAUUACAGACAUUACUACCAUAGAAGAGUUACUACUAAAACGUUAAAACAAAAUUGGGCAAAACAAAUAAAAUUUUAAAUGUCGUAGAUAACGUUAUCUUCAAAUGAGUGUUUUACCGAAUGAUAUACUUAACAUUUAACAUUACGAAAUUUAUACAUAUAUAAUUUACAAACAAUUUAUUAUAUAGGCUUAGGUUAUUAUAUUUACAAUGGAAUUUUUACAUAUUUUGGUAAUAUUGCUGUUUGGAACAGCUACAAAAGCUUACAAAGAAAAUCUAGUGGAUCCUCAUGAGAUGGUUAUGGACACAGGCCGUCAUAGAAAGUAUGUUGAUGAAGAAAUGGUCCUAAAAAGGUCUUUCAGUGAAGGUGAUCUACACGAAAAACAAGAAUGUUAUAAACCUUCGUUAAAAGAAGAAACAAUGGCAAUUAUGUAUUUAAAAAGAACUAUUACUCUUCUUCUUUCAAGCAGUAGCUUAGAGCCGAACAGUGCUGAUGAAUACACUGGUUCGUACCAUUAUCAGUCGAACAGUGAGGAACACGAAUUCUUAAAGAGUUUUGUCAAUAGUAAAGUGAUAAGUGAAGAACACAUGAGAAGACUGGACACAGUCUUGAGCACCGUAUUUUCUAAGCCAAACCAAGAUAGUAUGUUUAAGUUUAAUACAUGUAUUUCCAGAGAAGACUUGGCCGAAAUAUUUAAUACGAAGUUUUUGAUGGGUCUAUUCAUAGUUAUAGGUUCAAUUGUAUCAUUUGUUUUCCUCAAAAAUAACUAUGGAUUUUGGUUCAUUAUUGGAUAUUUUGUGAUGAUUAUGUUAAUUGUCGAUUAUGGGAAGAGGUACUAUGAUCUUUAUGAGGCUGCUGAAGAGCAUAAUCUUGCCUUAAAAUAUGAUUCAGUGUGUGAUACCACCAAAAUGACUUGGUCGGAAUAUUUUAAAUUUAGCUUAAGCCAAAAGAAUUGUGAGAGGAAAAUUGUAACACCGUUAGAAGUUGGUCUCCAUCAACUGAAGCAUAUCAUAAUUGUACCAUUGGAAGCCGCUGGUGCUGGUAUGGGAAAGUUUGGUGCACAAUUGUGGGAUAAGCUACCGUUUCCUUGGAACAUUUUGAUGUUUCCACUGAUGCUGUUGUUCGUCCUUGGCCUGGUUUUUCUGUACGUUUUGGCCGUUAAAAACACAAGCUUCAAACUGAAACUGCUCCACAUGUUCAAUCUGGAAAUGGGAGGCGAUAGAAAUGAAGAGAACCGGAUUGGAGGCCCGACAUUGGAUAGGUUUUUGCAGACUUUAAAUCACAGACCAUUGAUAGAAGUUCAAGAAGUAGAUGAAGAAGAAGAAGAAUUACGAGCAGAAGAUACAAUAAGUACUCCACCAAAUGAAGAACCCAAGAAAAUUAUAGAGAAUAGGACUCCCCAAAAGGUAGAGGAAAAACGUGUCAGUGAUAAUUCUUAUUCUCGCACCAAAGAUGAGAAAAUACAGAACUUAAUUAAGUGGUUGCAGACAUCAGAGCCGUAUGCAGUGGUAUUACCAAAACAACAUCUACAAGCAGAAGAUACAAGAAGUACUCCACCUAAAGAAGAACCCAAAAAAAUUAAAGAGAAUAUGACUCUCAAAAAGAAAGAAGAAAAAUGUGUCAGUGAUAAUUCUGAUCCUCGCACCAACGCUGAGAAAACAACAGAUAUACUUGGUUUUUGCAAAAAGUUUUUGCAGACAUCCAGUACUCCACCAAAGGAAGAACCACCCAAGAAAAUGAUAGAGAAUAGGACUCCCCAAAAGGUAGAGGAAAAACGUGUCAGUGAUAAUUCUUAUUCUCGCACCAAAGAUGAGAAAAUACAGAACUUAAUUAAGUGGUUGCAGACAUCAGAGCCGUAUGCAGUGGUAUUACCAAAACAACAUCUACAAGCAGAAGAUACAAGAAGUACUCCACCUAAAGAAGAACCCAGAAAAAUUAAAGAGAAUAUGACUCUCAAAAAGAAAGAAGAAAAAUGUGUCAGUGAUAAUUCUGAUCCUCGCACCAACGCUGAGAAAACAGCAGAUAUACUUGGUUUUUGCAAAAAGUUUUUGCAGACAUCCAGUACUCCACCAAAGGAAGAACCACCCAAGAAAAUGAAAGAGAAUACGACUCCCAAAAAGAAAUAAGAAAUAUGGGACAUCUUGGAUAUUCACCCUAAUAUGUCUGUGUAGAUUUUGGCAUUGGAUCCGACCAUCACUUGUAACAGCGUUGCCGUAUCCUCUAUUUUUCCAUACUAUCACGUUACAAUUUUUUGUGAUAUUAUACACGAGCGGGAACCCUCAAAAAAGCGCUUAGUUUUCGAGAUACUGAAAACGGAGGGCUGAAUGGCUAAUUUUAUUCAUAUUUUAUAUUUUAGAGGGUGCUGAAAACAAAAGUGAGGUUUAUUUUGAAUUUUAUGUGGGGGAACAUAGUCAAAAUCGCAAUUUUAACCUAAAAAUAAAAAAAAAAUAAAAUCACGUUUUUUGCGUUUACCUCGCUACAACUUUGUUCCAUUUUAAUAUUUUUUUCUGAAAUUUUUACAGUAUAUAGCUCUAACAUUUCUGAAGACAAAGGUACCUGCUUCAAGUUUUUAUUCUUAUCAUGAUAAAGGCUAUGAAUUUUUCAAAGAAAAAGGUGCGGAUUUGUGCAUUGCAAAGUUUAAUCGCAAAAGUUGUGUGACGAAGUUUAAAAUUUAGCUUCUUAAUCACGUUUAUUUGAAAGUAGAGAGUACAAAGAAGUUUUCUGGUAAGUUUUAGAUCAACAUGUUUUAUAGAAAAAAAAUAGUUCAACUUUUAAUUUCGACAUUAGAAAUCCCCAAUAUAACGCUUAUUUUUUGAGGGACAGACAAUCUAGGUCUAAUUCUCACCUUUUGUACUAUCCUUGGAUUAUAAGCUUUCAUUUGACACCUCAUUUGUCAUUCUACCUAGUAUAAUGACGGAGAAGUAAACGUUCUUAUUCUAUUAUUCUUGUAGGUACAUUUAACAUUGAUUGAAAUUAUGAAAGACUAGUUAGGCCGUACUAAAAGCAUAGAAUAGUGCAAUUUUAUAAUAUACUAUACUCUGAUAUACUAUACUAUACUAUAAUAUUGCACUUUCGUUUAGAACUUUUUAACCAGAAAUAAUUUUCUAAGGCACGUCGAAUAAUAUAUUGCUUAUACUAUUUUAGUGAGUUUAAAACGGUACUUCCAUUUACUACUCAAAAAUCUUAUUUUUGAGGUCUAAAAAUUUUCACGUUUUCCGUACAAACUCGCACCCCUUAACAAAUACGAAAGUACGCCACUGACAUGUCGAAAUCGGUAAAAACAAAUCGCAAAAAAUUUAAAAAGCUCAAGUCUAAAAGCACAAACGUUAUGUUGCCCUCCCAUGCAUAUACAAAACUCGCAUCCCUUAAAAAUACGCAAAUACGCCACUGACAGGGUCGAAAUCUGCAAAAUCGAAUCGCAAAAAAUUCAAAAAGAUUAAGUCCAAAAGUGCAAACCUCAUAUUGCCCUCCCACGCGUAUCCUAAACUCGCACCCCUUAUAAAAUACGAAAGUACGCUCCUGACAGGAUUGAACUCGGCACAAACAAAUCGUACAAAAUUCAAAAAGGCUUAAGUUCGAAAUCACAAACCUCAUAUUGCCCUCCUACACCUAUAUAAAACUCGCACUCCUUAAAAAAUACGAAAAUACGCCCCUGACAGGGUUUAAAUUAUCACAAAAAAAUUGAAAAAAAUUCAAAAAGCUAAAAGUCUAAAAGCACAAACCUCCCAUUGGCCCCCCACACUAAUACAAAACUCGCACCCCUUAAAAAAUACGAAAGUACUCCCCUGACGCUCGAAUUCGGAACAAACAAAUUUGGAAAAAAUUUAAAAGGCAUAAGUACAAAAGCCGAAACCUCAUAUUGCCCUCCCACAUCUAUACAAAACUCGCACUCCUUAAAAAAUACGAAAGUACGCCCCUAACAGGUUGAAAUUGGCACAAAAAAUUCUCAAAAAAUUUAAAAAGCUUAUAUCCAAAAGCAGAAACCUCAUAUUGGCCCCCACACCUUUACAAAACUCGCAUCCCUUAAAAAAUACAAAAGUACGCCACUGACAGGGUUGAAAUCGACACAAAAAUUUUUAAAAAAUUUAAAAAGCUUAUAUCCAAAAGCACAUACCUCAUAUUGCCACCCCCAUGUCUAUACAAAACUCGCACCCGUUAAAAAAAUACGAAAGUACGCCAAUGGCAGGGUCAAAAUUAGCACAAACAAAUCGAAAAUUAAUUCAAAAAGCUUUAGUCCAAAAGCAUAAAGCUCAUAUUGCCCACCCAUAUCUAAACAAAACCCGUAACCCUUAAAAAAUACGAAAGUACUUCCCUGAGAGGGUUGAAAUCGAAACAAAAAAUUCAAAAGCUUAUAUCCAAAAGCACAAUCUCAUAUUGCCCCCCACACCUAUACAAAACUUGCACCCUUAAAAAAUUCGAAAGUACGCCCCUGACAGGAUUUAAAUGGGCACGAAAAAAUCGCAAAAAAAAUCAAAACGCAAAAUGCAAAGUUCAAAAACACAAAGCUCAUUUUGUGGUUCUUUUUUGAAAAUUUCAGCCCUAUGCAAAACUCGCACCCCUUAAAAAAAUCCAAAAGGACGCCACUGGCAGGAUUAAAACCCGCACGAAAAAUUCGCAAAAAAUUCAAAAAUCUUGUCCAAAAGUACAAACCCCAUUUUAUGUUUUUUUUUCUUAAAUUUCACACCUAUGCAAAACUCGCACCCCUAAAAAAUCCGUCACCACGCCACUGACCGAGUUAAAAUUGACACGAAAAAUUCGCAAAAAAAUCAAAAAGCCUAAGUUCAAAAAAACAAACCUCAUUUUCUGGUUUUGUUGGAAAUAUCCCUAUUUUUGCCCCCUUUUUCCUCCUCAUGGAUACGCCUCUGAUCCAAAAAGCCUAAGUUCAAAAAAACAAACCUCAUUUUCUGGUUUUGUUGGAAAUAUCCCUAUUUUUGCCCCCUUUUUCCUCCUCAUGGAUACGCCUCUGAUCCAAACUUGGUUUUUAACGCUUAGACACCCCCCACCCCUAUAAAAAACUCGCUCCCCUUAAGAAAAAUAAAGUACGCCCCUGGGAGGGAUGAACCUUGCACGAAAAAAUCGCAGAAAACUUAGAAAGCUUAAGUCUAAAAACACAAACCUUCCCGGUCAAAUGCACCCGAUUUACGUCCAUCUGAAUGUUUUUUUUAAAUUUUUUCUUCAAUCCCUUAGUUGGCAAAUUUUUUAUGACGUCCCUGUUGAAGGUAGAGCACCCCGGUCAAAAGUUGCACUUAUUCCUAACCCUUAGCUUCCGAACGCGUCCAACUUUUUUCGGAUUCCACCAACCACCCCCCACCCCUAUGGAAAACUCGCUCCCCUUAAAAAAAAAGAAAGUACGCCCCUGGGAGGAAUAACUUGCCACAAAAAAAUCGGAAAAAAUUUAAAAAGCUUAAGUCCAAAAGCACAGACCUCCCCGGUCAAAAGCACCCGAUUUAUGUCCAUCUGAAAUUUUUUGGCCAUUUUUUGCCCCUUUUCCUUCAACCCGCAAGUUCGAGAAUUUUUUGUGACGCCCCUGUUCCAGCUAGCGUCCCCGGGUUAAAAGUAACACUUAUUUUCUAACCCUUGGCUUUAAAACCCAAUGAAAUUUUUUCGCCUUAGACAAUCUCACCCACUACCCCUAAGCAAAACUCGUACCCCUUAAAAAAUCCGAAAGCACGCCCCUGACCGAAUCCAAAUCCCCACCAAAAAUCAUCGAAAAAUUCAAAAAGCUUAACCCAAAAAGCACAAAUCUCCCCACUUCGUACUUCCGGAGCUACAAAAACGCCCCAAUUUGAAUUAUGUAUAUAGAGAUAGAGAAAUGGCAUGGCAACACUGUGACGCACAAACAUAAGAUUCAGCCGUGGGUUAAUAGGGUGCACUAAUAUCCAAGAUCUCCGAAAUAUGUACAAUGCAUUAAAAGUGCAAAUGCUGAUGAAAUCAGAGUGUUGGCUUCAAAAAAUGAGUAAAAUGUAAAUGAAUCAGUUACUGACAGUAAAUCUGAAGACGCCAAUGAUUUAAAUACUAGUAGUUAAUAAGUGUUAAUCUUAAUUGAAUAUUUUACAUGCUUUAUUUUUAAUAAAUUUUUAAGAGUAA